GACUGCCACUGUGGAUUCAGUACACCGCCGCGUCGCAUCGCGAACACGACGACGACCACCGUCACAACGAUCUGCCGGCACAACGGUUUGCACGUGUCUUACUCCUCCCAACUCGCGUCAAAAGUCGCACACGACAAUAACGAACGCCACCGUGGCAACCAUUUACCGAGACUACUAUCAUGGAUGUAUGAUCGGCACGCGACCUAACCUCUAUAGACGAUCGCCACCGUCGGGUGUCAAGCUAUCAGCCAUGAUGGGAGCACGCAAAACAGGUAAUAACGAAAAUUCAUGCACACCAACGAAAAUACCAACAUCUAUUAUAAUAUUUCAAAAUCAUUACUAUGGCAUAACAUUUUCGGUAGUGAUUAUGUGAAAGAAUACAAGGUGAAAUGAUCGUCUGGUUUUCCGUCAUCAUUGCGGCGAUCGGUUGGUGCGUGGACUGUUACAUCGAAGACUUGUGUCCGAAUUGCAACCUCUAUCAAGAUUCAGCUGAGGUCCGGUCCCACUGUGCCUACCCGUGUCAGUGUGCCAACAGGGACCCGGUUUGCGAACCAGGCGUGCCACACACACGCGACGGAUGCGGUUGCUGUCCCGUGUGCGCCCGACAGGACGGCGACCCAUGUGAUGGCAUCGCCGUAUGUGACCAGAGGAAAGGGUUGGUGUGCCAGUACGACGACUACUACAGCCCGGCUGGCAUAUGCAGAGUAGUAAAAGGCUUGCCGUGUACGGUAUACAACAAGACGUACGACAACGGAGAAACAUUCAGGCUAGAUUGCAGAACGCAGUGCACAUGUCAGAACGGCACUUAUGCCUGUGCGUCUUUGUGUCCACAAGAAAAUAUAUCUCCUCAAGGACUUUGUAGGCAUCCCCGGUUGGUCGAAGUGCCCGGACAGUGCUGCAGGGAAUGGAUGUGUGACAACGUAAAUAUGGAAAGGCCGCCAAAUUGUGAAGCAUUAGUCACACCAUGGGCGGAAUGUUCAUCGCAGUGUGGAUUAGGUCUUUCUAGGCGUAUGUCUAAUGCAAAUGAAGCUUGUAAGCCUAAUAACGAAACUAGACUUUGCCAAAUAAGGCCGUGUCACUCACCACCACUGGUGAAUGCUAAAUAUGCAAGACACCACCACAUUAGAAAGGGACACGAGUGCAAGGCGACGAUCAAGUCGACGACACCGGUCCGGCUGAAGUUCGGCGACUGCCGAAGCCGGAAAACAUUUCACCCGAAGCGGUGUGGUGGCGCGUGCCCGUCGGGAAGUGGUGGUGCAGGUGACGGCAACAGUGGUAAUGGCAUCGUUUGUGCCCCCGAGCUCAGCACCACGGUCAAGGUGGAGUUCCUGUGCCGGAGCCCGGUAGAGGGCCACGACCGGCUGGACGGCGCUGUACCCGGCGACGACCUCUGGGAACCCGUCCGCAGGCCCUUCUCAGCCACAGCCGACGAUUAUGUUCACAGCGUGUACGUGGACGUCGAGUGGAUCGUCAAGUGCACGUGCCGGCGGCACGCCGACUGACGACGGCGGCGGCCGUGAACCGCUGGGCGUCUGAAGCCGACGCCGAUGCCCCUGCAGCAACCAGCCGCCCGCGACUUGGCCGAACUGUGAACGUUUAUUAUUUUACAUACCUAUUUCAACAUUCGCGACACAUACACAAACACACACACACACACACACACACACACACACACACACACACACAUAUACAUACAUAUACAUACAUACCCGACACACAAACUACAUGACGACGGAGUUUUUGAGAAUUUUUGUUUACGAUUUAAGAUCGACGUCUCUUAUUUUUGUUAGAAUUAUUAUUAUCAUUGCAGCGUUUCUCAACCUUUGAGUAUACGAGACCCGGUAAACUGGAGUUCUCGAGAUCAUUACACCCACCAAAUAUAAUAUAAUGGUUCUCCGUUGAUUUCAACACUCUGAAAAGCUAUGGUUUUUUAAAAAAACCUUCGUGCGGUGUGUACAGUGCGUGUCAAUAAAAUUAUUUAUUUUGUAUUACACUAUAAAUGUAAGAAAAUAUUUUCAAAAUUAAUAAAAUCCAAUGGUCAGCUGGACCCACACAACUAUUCGUGACCCAAAAAAACUGGUAUUGACCCAAAUUUUGAGAAACACUUCAUCUUUAGGUAGAUAUAUUUGAUUACACAUGAUGUGUGCAUCGUCAAUGAUCUGAGUUUUGGUUUAUAUAGAUUUUUUUUUCACGUAUACCUAUAUUAUAUUAUAUAACUUUUCCCCGCAAAGAGUACGAUGACCUCACGCCCAUUAAUGAAAUUAAAUAAAGACCAAAAAUAUCGCUUAGGUUCCAUAGUAUAAAAACAAAAAUUCCAUUCCCUGAGGUGAUAGUUUUUCAAAAAACCCUUUAAAGCCCAUCGCAGUAUCACUUUCGAAUACAAAUAUAUUUUGUAAAAAUAUUCAAUUUCGUGUUUUUGAAAAAUAAAAUACGCUCCCGGGAGGACCAACUGUAUAAUAUACUAUUAUUUCAUCUCAAACGCGCCAAAAAUACAAUCACUAAUAAUAAUCACCCGUUAAGAACCAUUGCAGUUAUACACAAUGUAACUAUAUAUAAUUAACUCAAUUUGUACAUAAAGCACACUAAAAUCUGACGUAUUUUACAAGUAGUUGUUAAUCAUUUACUCCACUUACCUACUCUGUUUUUAAAAUUAAUGGGAAUCGUUGUAUGCAUAAUAAUUAUGUAUAAUACGCCGUAGGUAUAAUGUAUUAUUAUAUAUUAUUAAUUAUUAUGUGCAACGUACCGACGCGUAUAUAAUCAAACGAAUAAUCAUAAAAAAAAAUUGUAACAAUGACGUUACAAUAUUACAAUGUUAUAAUAUUA